AUGUCCCUGGAACGUACAAUGUCUACGCCGGUGCGUCAUAACGCGUCCGCUUACGUCACGCCCGCAAGAACACAUCCACCAAGCUCACGAACGCCAUCCCGCGCAGGUGCUACAACACCAGCAUCUCGACGCGAGCGUGCGUAUGAAAUCGGCGACCUUGUGAAACUUGAAGGGUCAGGUCUCGUAGGUGUUCUACGAUACUUGGGGCCCGUGCAUGGCCGCGAUGGGCACUAUGCAGGACUUGAGCUCACUGGCUCGUCGUAUGGGCGAGGCAAAAACGACGGUAGCAUUGAUGGUCGCCAAUACUUUGCCACGGAGCCAAAGAAUGGAGUAUUUGGACCCAGCAGUAGGUUGAUUUCUCUAAGUACGACCCGGCCCACUAGUGCCACGGCACGUCCACUCUCGGCCAUGUCGGGGCGUUCUAGUCGUGCGGACGCCCCUUCAGACACAGCGCCGCCUUCGACGCCCCAUUCCGCCCAUCUCCCUUCAUUACCCACGCCAUCACGACCUCUAUCAAUAUCGUCAUCAUCGACAUCGCAUCACCUAAAGCAGCAGCGACGCACGAGUGGUGUGCCUGUCCCCUCGUCCGUUCCACGCGCUGGACCACGCAAAAGUGUCGUACCGCCUAUUCGAUCUACACCCCAACACCGUCUCCAUGGCGCUGCGACUACAACACCCCAACGGAGCUUGUCGGCACCACGCCGGCCAGCAUCUUCAACUGCAACGAUACGCGCACGCCCAACAACAAGGCAGGACGAUAGCUUUGUCUUUGAUGAUGAUCCUAUACAGCCAUCACCUGCUCCGUCGAAAAACACGCGAGAAACGUUAUUAGAACAGCUGGCACUUCCUUCAGCGAACGAGGCUAUCACCGAUAUGGAGGCGGAUCAUGCUGUGCCUAUGGCCGAGUACGAGCGCCUGUGUGACGAGCUGGCAGAGGUCCGGCGCUCAUGUACACUUUGGGAAGAGGAGCGCGCUAGCCUUAUGCUCGCAGCCAAGCAGCGAGAGAAUGAGCUAGAGGCCACAAGGCGGCUCGAGCUUGAAGACGAGGUCCGUCGACGACAGGUAUUCGAGACACGAGCACUAGAAUUGCAGCGGCAGCUCAAUGAGGCUCUUGACACGGCAACGGCUGCUGCUGACGCGCACGAUGCAUUGGAACGCAAGGCGCAGGAGCACACAGACCGCAUAGUCGACCUUGAGACGGCGCUUGCCGCAAUUCAGCUUCGUGCGGAGCAUCCUCCUAAAGAAGCCUCAGAUUCCACCGAUGUCACAAUGCAACACGAGCUCACUUCUCUUCACACAAAAGUCGAGACUAUGAUGGCCGGCUGGAAUCGCGAGCGCUCUGACCUGACAGACAAAAUUUCAGAGCUGCAGCGCGCUGGCAAUGAAACUAUUCUUGUGUUUGAACAGCAGCUUGCCGAGUCUGCACGUGAAAAAGAGCAUCUUCACUUGCAAAUUCGUACUCUCGAGGCACGAGAAUCUGCGGUAGCUGAAGCUGCUGCUGCCGCGGCGACAUCGACUACCUCAGCCAUCACAUCUUCAGCAUCUUUAUCACCCCCAUCCAAAGAUGACUCUGCCACAGAUAUCGAUCGGGCGAGUUUGCAGGAGCAGCUCGCACAUCUGCAAACAAGAGUCGUGACUUUGGAGGAAGAGGCACAUGCUAUUCACCAACUACGUGAUACCGAAAGAGCUGCACACGCUGCAGCUGUGCAGAGGCUCGAAGAGACUGUCCAAGAAGCAAAAGACCAUGCUGCCAGAUUUGAGGAAGCUGUUCGGGAGGCAGAAACGCGUGCAAGCCAAGCGGAGCUUGCGCUACAGGAAUGCCGACUUGCCUGGGAACGUGAUCGCGCUGAGCUUGAGUCGAUGCGUGAAACUCCUGUAACACCACGGCUGUCAACCGAUCCAAAUGACCACACGAUGGACUCUGACGUCAUCCAGGCAUUAGAAGCGCGAAUCGCGCAACUCGAGCAUGAAAAGGCUGAGCAGCAUUCGCGCUUCACAAAGGACUUGGCAGAACUCGAGUCUCUUGUCGAGUCGCGAAUUUUCCGUGAGGACGAGCUUGAGACAGAGCUAGAACAGUUGCGAUCACAAAACCGGUCCGCUACAGAGUAG